CGACUCAAUCAAACACCAUCUGAGGAUAAUAUGUGCAGCUCAGUUCAGUGGAAACCUUCAGGAAAGCACAUUAAAAGGGCAAGAAUUUGAAACGUAAUAUUUCCUAAAUUUGAAAAUGAGAAAGUGUGAUUGUUGAAAUUUAAAGUGAGUUUACAACGGUGAAGUACACUGCAAAGAAAUGGAUGACCGUACAAUUGACACAAUUUUUGCUGGUUCUCUCGAGAACUUGCCUCCCGUUAGCUCUAAAAUUGUACGGAUUUUCACCAGCUCCACGUUCACGGAUACAACUAUGGAGAGAAACAACCUUAUGGCGAAAUGCUAUCCUAGAAUCAAAGAUUAUUGUCGGGAAAAGCAUGGUUUAGAAUUUCAGGUAGUUGAUAUGAGAUGGGGUGUUCGAGAUGAGGCCACUGAUGAUCACAUGACUACCGAGCUGUGCAUGCGCGAAAUUAAGAACUGUCAAAGACUUUCAAUGGGUCCCAAUUUCGUCGUUUUCCUUGGUCAGAAAUAUGGAUACCGUCCGAUUCCUACCUACAUUCUCUCAUCGGAGCUGCAACUCAUAAGAGAUGAUCUUGCUGCUAUGGGAAUCGAUGUGACGCUUCUAGAUAUGUGGUAUAAGAAGGAUAGCAACGCCGUACCUCCUAUUUCCAUUCUUCAACCAAUAUCAUCGAUUUUAACUAACUUCAACAAUAAGCGCGUGCCGAAGCUCCAGGCAGAAGAUCAAGCUGUUUGGUGGGACACACUAACCAAAAUGCAAAAACUUUUCCGCAAAGGUGCUGCAUCACUCCAUUCUCAAGGGAAGUUGGAUAAAGAUCAAAUGCAUAACUAUUUCAUGUCCGUAACUGAAAGAGAAGUCAUCAAUGGAGUCUUGAAUGUCAAGAACACCAAGAACCACUGUUUGGCGUAUUUGCGAUACAUCAACAACAUCAAUCUGCAAAAUCUAAAAAAAGCUUCGUUGUACGUGGAUAUUCUGAAUCGUAGUUUAGACACGGAAGCUUCAAAACUUCUAGCUGAUCUGCGAGAUGUGCGGGUACCAAAUCGCAUCGAGGCAUCAAACCUUCAAAAGUACACCAUCGAGUGGAUCGGCCGUGAAGGCUUGGACGUGGAAACUCACGAGGAAUAUCUGAAUCAUUUCAUCACUCAUUUCUAUAAAAAUAUUGUCAAACUAGUUGAUCGUGCUAUGCGAAAAGAGGACUCAAGUGCUCAAGGUCAGAUAGUGACGGAGAUAUUGCAGCAUUUGCACGCAUGUAACAACUCGGUUAAGGUGUUUUAUGGACGGGAAGAUCAACUCAAACGUAUUGAAAAUUACAUGCUCGGAUUAAGUGAUAAACCGCUCGUAUUAUAUGGUGAAGGUGGCUGUGGAAAAACUUCACUCUUGGCAAAAAGUGCAGCACUAACAUCCACCGAAUGGUUUGCUAAAGUUCGUCCGAUAAGCAUAAUUCGAUUCCUCGGGACGACACCGGAUUCUAGUGCUCUAACCCCCACAUUAAUAUCAAUUUGCCAACAGAUCUCUUAUAAUUUUAUGUUACCAUUCGAUCAAAUACCAGAUGAUUUGGUUCCUUUGACAGCGCAUUUCAAACAGCUUUUGACAUACGCGAGCAAGCAACAACCUUUGCUCCUUUUCUUGGAUUCCGUUGAUCAGUUGACCGGCACUCAAGAUGCCAGUAAAGUAUCCUGGCUACCAACGAGGUUACCACCACUAUGCAAGAUUAUCGUGUCAUGUGCGGCUGAAGAGUCUAAUCCUGUGGUAUCGCAGGAGUAUCACCUAUUACGACGAAUGAUAGACGUUGAAGAUAACUUCAUUGAAGUGACAGCACUCGGAGAAGAUCUAGCUACGAAUGUUAUCAAGAUGUGGAUGGCAACUGCGUGUCGAGAUCUCACAAACUAUCAGUGGCGACUGGUGGCGAAUGCGAUAGGGAAAUGUUCGCUUCCGAUUUUUGUCAAAUUGGUGUUUGCGGAAAUUUGUCGCUGGAGAAGUUACACCCGACCCCAAGAUACACAUCUGGCCUCAACGGUUAUGGAUAGUAUAAUGAUGUUGUUCGAACGUAUCGAGAAACAACACGGCAGAAUUCUUGUUUUUCAUGCAUUAGCAUACAUUACCGCCGCCAAAUCAGGGUUAUCCGAGAGCGAGCUUGAAGAUUUGAUUUCUCUGGAUGAUCGUGUCUUGGAUGACGUCUACCAAUAUCAUUUACCCCCAGUCCGACGUAUACCACCCCUAUUAUGGACACGAAUCAGAAAUGAUCUUCCCAAUUAUCUCAGUGAACGCGAGGCUGACGGAGUGAAUGUUAUGAAUUGGUAUCAUCGACAGUUUCGUGAUACGGCUAAAGAACGAUACUUCAAAAAUAUGAACAUGGCCAUAUAUUUCCAUUCGAUGAUUGCAGACUAUUAUCUAGGAAUAUGGGGUGGAAGACCAAAGCCCUUCAAGUAUACCGAGAUUCAGCGUCAUCGGUUUGGUUUAACGGAUAAAGAAGGUAUCGCCGACAGAAAGGUUCCCAUUCAACCAUUAGUUUUCACUAAUAAGGAAGGAAAAGUUACUCGAUACAACUUGAGAAAGUUUGGAGAGCUUCCGUUUCAUCUGGUUCGUUCUCGACGCUUCACAGAUCUGUACGAGAACGUAUUAUUCAACUACGACUGGUUGCACGCUAAACUAUCCAGUUGUCCUUUACAAGCUGUGUUAGCUGAUUUCGAAGACGCAUCUGUGAACAUUGACGACAAAGAUGCCAAACGCGAACUGAUGCUUGUUGCUGAUGCGCUCCGAUUGGGUGGCGCUAUAUUGGGUGUUUAUCCGAACAUGCUGGCAGCCCAAUUGAUCGGCCGUUUACUACCCGAAAUUGGAGGAAAUCCCAAUAUUAAGAUGUUGCUCGAAGCAUGUGAUAAAUCGGGUCCCAAAGAUUCAGCACUAAUCCCACUGAAUCACUGUCUGCACACACCAGGCGGACCAUUGAAGUAUUCUCUUGAAGGACAUCAAUUUGCGGUGUUUGGAUUCUGUCUCACCAGUGAUUAUCGUUAUAUGGUGUCAAUCUCGACGCGAUUUAUAACGUGGGAUUUGUCCACUUCCGACCUUACGCGCGAUGUGAAUCCGGGUGUAGAAGGCAUUAUGCAGCAACUAGUGCUCAGUCCGGAUAAUAAAUGGGCCGCAGCAUACACAAACAAUAACCAAAGCGUGUUGUUGAAUAUGCUCUCGAGUGAAUUCUCUGUUAUAGACAACCCUUUUGAUGAACCCGAACCAAUAACUGGUCUCUAUUUACUCAACAAAAAUUUAUUUCUGCAUACAAAGCUACGAUAUGCAUAUUACGACAUGCGUGGUACGCUGAUCGAGAAACAAAAUCUCGAAAAUGUGACUGAAGAAUGGCAAUUACUAUGCAUGGAAUUCACUUCCUUCACGAAUUUCUUCGCCAUUCUGUGGUCUGGAACUAUCAACGAUACCAAACUAAUGUUCCACACGAGCAGAGAUAACCGUACAAUUCCGCCAGUUUAUAUGCACAGCGCCAUAACCAUGAAGAAAGAUCGCACAACUAUGUAUUGCUGUCACCAACAAAACUCAUAUCAAGUUAGCGAGUUCCAGUACCAGGAGAACCCUGACACGGUAAAUGAUGAGUGGAAACAUGUGCGGGAUUUACCGCGCUAUGAGAACGAUGUCAAAGAAAUGAUUCUUCAGCUUAAAAUGGAUCAGAACGAUCGUUUCCUACUGGCCAGCACGGCCAACGGUUUUGUGGUAUGGGACUUCGAUGCGGAGAACCCAAUCUCUGAAGAAGCAAUAUAUCUUGCAUUACCCCACGGUGUGCGUAAUAUUUCAACGAAGAUGACUCAAUCGAACUCUGUCAUGAUUAGUUCUAAGGUAGAUUAUGCCGUUGCCGGUGUCAGGAAAAGUCUGUACGUAUGGUGCAUCGGGACUAAACAACUAAUGAAGGUUUUAGAUGCACACUUUGGUCGUAUCAUGCAGCUGGAAGCCUUGACUAUCGGAACCUGGAACAGCGUGAUUACAUCCAGUAUUGAUCGUUCUGUUAAAAUCUGGAAUAUUAACAAUAUUUUUGAACAAGUACACGUAAUCGAUAGGCAUGAGCUGCAAAUCGAUGGCAUCAGUCUUUCCGAGAAUGGUGAGCUAGCUGUAACAGUUACACGUGGCUGUGUCGGAGUGUGGGAAAUAAGAACUGGUAGAUUGCUUUCUAAGCUGGCAGAUAGUCCCCUAGGUGCAAUAGUAACACACUCAGAAAUAACUCCGGAUGGAAAAUAUAUAAUCUCCUCGGAAACCGGUAAAAUACUCAUCUGGAAUCGAGUGACCGAACAAGUUCUCUCGCGAGAUUCCCAACCAGGCAUUCAGCAAAUCAGUUUCCUAGGGAAUGGUGAGAAAUUUCUAGUUGUUUCGUGUCCGAAUGUAUCGGUCAUCUCAACCGGUGGAGAUGAGCAAAAACUCAUGGCACACGCAAUUGUUCGCAGCAUUCCGGAUGGCCAAAUGGUUUUCAAUUUCGAUUACCCCGUCCGAUUGGUUCCUGGACUCCAAUUUCGAUGUGCCGUGAUCACGGCUGAUGAUCAACACAUUGUGUGCGCUUCAGUUGAUAAAAACAAUAAGGACUCAAUUUGGAUCUACAGUGCGAUAAACGGGACUCAUGAACAUAAAAUUUCAUUAAAGGGCUGUAAUAUUAAGGAAGCUGUGUCCUUAGUACCUCUUCCUCAUAAAGCUAUACAGGUGGCAGUUAUAACUAAUGAAAAGGGUAGUAUAAUGGAUAUAAAGACAAGAAAGCACGUUCGUUCAAUUCCUAAAUGGGGAGGUACUUGCACCAAAGAUGGAAAAUUUGGACUCUAUGCUCCAUCACGUGGCGGUUUGGAACUUUUGGAAUUGAAGAAGGGUUCUACCGUUAAAACAUUUAUUCCGAAAGUGGCUGAAGGAGUUUUCACAGUAAUUUGCAUGUUCACGGAUACCGAUGAAUACGUUCUGUAUUAUCACAGCGGACGUAAAACUCUGAGAGUAUUUCGUACAGCCGACACAGAAAUGAUUGCAAAUUACCGUAUGCAGGCCGAAUUAACUGCUAUUAAAAGCACAUCGGAUGGUAAAAGCCUCGUACUAGGCACCGUUGAUGGCUGCAUUUCGGUGCUAGCAAUAGCCGAUCCUGAGAAACCCGAGAUGCAAAUCUUCCUGAAACAAUUACCUUCACGCGAUGCAAACUGGAAGAAAAAGCUUGCAAAACAGAAGGCAUCUGCAAGAUUCAAAGCUGCCAUGAGAUUGGCAUCUAUCUCUACUCGCUUCGGAGCUCUGGUGGACGAAGAUGAAGAUGACGAUGAAAAAGACAAUGAUGGAUAAACAAUACAACUCAAAGCUACAUUAAUUAAAAAAGAAUUAGGAAAUAAAUUAAAGAUCUUCUUUCUCGGACGGGAGUUUCAUUCAAA